AUGGUCGCAUAUUUGAUGUUAAAUGGUCCUUGGCGAGAUUGUUGGUUGCGAUAUGGGUAUGAUCCACGAAAAAACAAAGAGGCUAGAUUACGUCCUGUUCGACUUGAGAGAGCAAAGCGUUUACUUCGUGUGCAGGCUGAUUUAACUAAUGAAAUGGAUGAAUUAUCCCUGUUACCAGAAAAUUAUAUAAAAACAACGCAUAUUUUUGAUGGUAAAACCGCAGAGCGAGAUAUUGCAAUUUUUCAACUUUGUGAUAUAACUGACCCCUUAAUGAGAAGUCUUAUCGAUUCCCAUGAUUCCGUACAGGACACUUGUACUGUCGAAGAAUUAAUGCGUGAUCUUCAAAAUGCAAAAGAACAAGUUGAAGGUGAAUUAAUGCAAGAUGAAGAGGGAAAUUUAUACGAACUCGAUGAAUUUAAUGAAUAUGAUGAUAUAUUUGGAGAAAAUGACAGUGAAUUCACUGAAGAGGAGGUUGAUUAA